AAUGACUUUUUUCGUAGAACGUUGGGACCAACUGGUUUUUGGUGAUCUAAUAUAAAAAAUUCAGGAAGGUUACUCGUUUUUUUUCUUACAUCAAUAGGCAUUAAAAUUCGAAUACAUUUAAAAAAAUGUUUCAUGAAAAAAGUACCGAAAAAGCCUUUAAAUCGUUGCACAAUGAUAAAAACCUUUUGAAAAGGUCGAAGUUUAGUAGCACAAAACCAAGUGGAUUGUCAAAUAGUCUUAAUAAAAAAUUAGGACAACACUUGUUAAUAAAUCAAGGAGUAUUAGAAAAGAUUUUAAGAGCUGCAGAAAUUAAAUCAACGGAUACAGUACUCGAAAUCGGUCCAGGUACUGGAAAUCUUACUAUGAAGCUUUUAGGGGUUGCCCGACGAGUUAGAGCGUUUGAUAUAGACGAGCGUAUGGUAGGAGAUGUUAAAAGGAAGGCUUUAUCAAUGGGAUACACGAAUCUUGAUGUUUUUUUUGGAGAUGCGUUGCGUUCGGACUUUGGUUCUUUUGAUGUUUGUGUUGCAAAUCUUCCUUAUAACAUUUCUUCUCCGUUUAUUUUUAAACUAAUAGCUCAUAGACCAACUUUCCGGGUUUCUAUUUUAAUGUUUCAGAAGGAAUUCGCCGAUAGACUCUUAGCCAAGCCAAAUGAUAAAAAUUAUUCUCGCUUAUCAAUCAACGUUCAAAUAUACUGUAAGGUUGAAGUUGUGUGUCAACUAGGAGCUAAAAGUUUUACCCCGCCACCGUUAGUGGACUCAACAGUUGUUAAACUAGUACCUAAAUGUCCGUCUAUAAAUAUUGAUUUUAAGGAAUGGGAUGGUUUACUACGUAUUUGUUUUAUGCGUAAACGAAAAACUCUUCGUAGUGUUUUUAUGGUUUCGUCGGUAUUGAAAUUAUUACACGAAAAUCUUAAAAUAUGGAACGAGCAACAUUACUGUAACGAAAAUGUUCUGAUUAAGGAUGUCGUUGAGAAUGUUUUACAAGCAACUAAUUAUUCAAACAAAAGAGCAGUUAAUCUUGGCAUAAAUGAUUACUUAGAGUUGCUUUUAGCUUUCCAUGAAAAAAAUAUUCAUUUUCAAAACGUGGGGAUCAAUUUAGAUUGUGACAUGAAAUAAACGGAAUUGAAUUUUCAAUUAUAUUUGCUAUCUUACUUGAGGGUUGAAUUAGGUUUGACAUGCAUCCGAAAGAAUUCAUUUGGGACAGCUUUUUUGUGAAUGUCAAACGUUUCAAAAUAAUAAGGUAUUUGCAGAAGGUUAAGAUGCAAAGCGGAUUUUUUAUCGAAGUUGCAUGUAACUAGUGCCUAUAUUAAAAAAAGACGAAUACAUGUAAAAAAAACCUUGUUUCAUAUUUUAGUAGAAACGUAAGAAAGUUAUAUUUUACACAAAAUCGCAACCAUCAACGUCUUGCUUAAAUUUUUUUAACAAUAGUAAUAGAAAUAUUUUUAGAGGUCAAAGAAACUUGUAUUAUUGCAGUUUUUUCUUUUGCUAAAUGUAUUCUAAAAUUUCCUUUCCUGCAAUUUUAUUUUUAUUUUUAGUCCUUUCUCAAAAAAUUAUAAGGUCCGAAUCAUACGAAAAUUCAACACCUAUUACAGUGAAAAAUCUCAUAUUUAAUACAAGUAGUAGAGUCGCUAGUAAAGAAGAGGCGUAUUGUGAAGGAAGUUUCGUAUCUAACUCAAUAUUAAUAUCCUUAAAUGAAAUCGGUUUUGAACCAGAUCAUUUAAAAGUUCCGGCAUUAUACUUAGUGCAAAGUGCUCCUUCCUACAACGUUUUACAUGGGGAACCAGUCGGAUCGCCUUUUAGUCUAACGAAUUCCGCGUUCGUUCCAUAUGUACUAAUUAGUCUGAAAUCUCCACAUCGUGAAAUACCACUACAAAGCUUUCUCGUAACCGAAACAAUGAUUGUCUUUACUAUUGGAGCUUGUUCUUUAAUCGAAGCUGCCAAUCAUCUUCUUGAUUGUAAUAAUAUUGAUUACAGUGAUUUAAAACUACAUUUCAAAACGAUAGCCCCUUCAAAGAAUGUUAUAAUAUCGUAUACCCUAAAGGCAGUCAUAACUAAUGAAAACACUAUUAACUUGUUUAAUAGUAUGCAAGGAAACAGAAAAUGUAUUGCCAAUAAGGAAUCUAUCCGUUCGAAAAUGAUGUCAAGUGAGUGUUUUGAACCAGCCGUGAAAUAUAUUUCCUUGGAAAAAGGCAAUAGGCUAUCGUGUUCAAUCCAGAAGCCAAACAAUAAAAUUCAUCAGUCAAUUUGGUCUUUGGAGGAUCAAUCGAAAAAAUCAAACCUAUUUUCUAUCUAUCAUGCGAUUCCAAUAUUUGAUGCACUAAAAAAUAGGUCGCACUUUUCUUUGGUAGGGGAACAAAUCCAAGAAGAUAACAGAUUUAUGAUUUUUCAUGAUAAAAAAAAUACUACAAAAUUAUUUUUUUCGCUGAAUUCUAAUGUUGUGAAUUCGGGUGUGGUUAAAUUUUGCAUAAAGUUUAAUUCUACUCAAUAUACGCCUGCAACAAACAGUGUUUUUGUGAGGAUCAAAAUAAAUUCACAUGACAUACGGUUGGCACGUCAAGGCUCAGCACAUCAUAAAAUGGAGGUUGAUCAAAUCGAUACCCCUGAACACUUUACUUCAACCUUGUGCGCAACAUUCACUGUUUGUGAUCUCUCUAACUUUGUUAAAGAAUACCCUAUUGAAGAUGUGAC